AUGCCAAGGAGGCAGCAGUUCGGGAGCCGGCUGCUGAGUGAUCCGGCGCGUGUUUUCCACCACAAUGCCUGGGACAAUGUGGAGUGGUCGGAAGAGCAGGCCGCGGCGGCGGAGAGGAAAGUCCAGGAGAACAGUACCCAGCGGGUUUGCCAGGAGAAGCAAGUUGAUUAUGAGAUCAAUGCCCACAAAUAUUGGAAUGAUUUCUACAAAAUCCAUGAAAAUGGGUUUUUCAAGGACAGGCAUUGGCUUUUCACUGAAUUCCCAGAGCUGGCACCUACUCAAAACCAAAAUCACUUGACGGAUUUGCUCUCAGAGAAUAAGAGGAGUGAAGUGCCUGAAUGUAGGAGCAGUGACGAUGGACCUGAUUUAAUAACCGAAGAACAGCACAAGUGUCCUUCAGACAGCCUAGGGCAUAAAACACGGACUCUUCCUGAGGAAGAGACUGUAACUCAGAAACUCAGUCACUUGGAAAUCUGUGCUGAUGAGUUUCCUGGAUCCUCAGCCACCUACCGAAUACUCGAGGUUGGUUGUGGUGUGGGAAACACAGUCUUUCCAAUUUUACAAACCAACAAUGACCCAAGACUCUUUGUUUACUGUUGUGAUUUUUCUUCCACAGCUAUACAACUGGUCCAGACAAAUUCAGCAUAUGAUUCUUCUCGGUGUUUUGCCUUUGUUCAUGAUUUGUGUGAUGAAGAUCAGAGUUACCCAGUUCCCAGGGAUAGUCUUGAUAUCAUCAUCCUCAUAUUUGUUCUUUCAUCAGUUGUUCCAGACAAGAUGCAGAAGGCCAUCAACAGGCUGAGCAGGCUUCUCAAGCCCGGAGGAAUGAUGCUUCUGCGAGAUUAUGGCCGCCACGACAUGGCUCAGCUUCGGUUUAAAAAAGGUCAGUGUCUAUCUGAAAAUUUCUACGUGAGAGGUGAUGGCACCAGAGUUUACUUCUUCACACAAGAUGAACUGCACACACUUUUCACGACUGCCGGACUGGAAAAGGUUCAGAACCUGGUGGAUCGCCGAUUGCAAGUGAACCGAGGGAAACAGCUGACAAUGUACCGAGUUUGGAUUCAGUGCAAAUAUCGCAAGCCGCUUCUGGCCAACACUGGCUCCUGACAGGAUGGGAGCUCCUUGACUUUUUUAAAAGAAUAUCCACAAACGGUGUCUUGAUGUUGGACCAUUCAAGGAAUCAAACAAACUUGAACUCUGAACCUAGGAAAAGUUACUUUUUAUCAAGAUUCUAACAAUUGCCCAGCCAGCGUGGCUCAGUGGUUAAGCAUCAACCUAUGACCCAGGAGAUAAAAGUUUGAUUCCCAGU